UUCCUUUACCCACAAUGCAUCGCAUCUGUCACGAUAAACUUAACAUUGUAAAUAUACAUGUUAAGAUUGACAUUUCGAGGCAGGUUUCUUGCUUCAUACCGGAAUAUGGUUCAAAUGUUGGCAGCCGAUCUGACAAAAUGACUCUUUGAGAAGCUAUCUGGAUAAAAUUAGCCGUAAAAUACUGAUCGGCGACUGCUUUUCUGAGUCUAGAAAUCAAGAGGAAGCGGUGUAUUUUCGAAUGAAGAUCAAAUAUGGCGGCCACACAGUCUGUGAACGUCAGUUUAGAUGACAUAGAUCUAUCAAGUUUACGGGAUCCAGCUGGGAUUUUUGACCUUAUAGAAGUGGUGGGAAAUGGCACCUACGGACAGGUCUACAAGGGUCGACAUACCAAGACUGGGCAGUUGGCUGCCAUCAAAGUGAUGAAUGUUACGGAGGAUGAAGAAGAAGAAAUCAAGCUGGAAAUAAAUGUUUUGAAAAAAUUUUCAAAUCAUCGGAAUAUUGCCACAUACUAUGGUGCUUUUAUAAAAAAGAGCCCUCCUGGGAAAGAUGACCAACUAUGGCUGGUUAUGGAGUUCUGUGGAGCCGGUUCUGUAACUGAUCUAGUCAAAGCCACGAAGGGUAACUCGCUGAAAGAGGAGUGGAUUGCCUACAUUGCCAGAGAAAUCCUACGGGGACUUGCUCAUUUACAUGGAAACAAAGUCAUACACCGGGACAUUAAGGGUCAGAACGUUCUCCUGACAGACAAUGCUGAGGUCAAGCUAGUUGACUUUGGUGUCAGCGCUCAGCUUGAUAAAACUAUUGGUAGAAGAAACACGUUUAUUGGGACGCCGUACUGGAUGGCGCCCGAAGUUAUAGCCUGUGAUGAAAAUCCUGAUGCCACCUAUGACAACAGGAGUGACCUGUGGUCUUUAGGGAUUACAUCUAUUGAAUGUGCUGAAGGAAAACCACCUCUUUGUGAUAUGCACCCCAUGAGGGCCUUGUUUCUUAUACCACGCAACCAGCCACCCCGAUUAAAGUCCUCCAAAUGGUCCUCCAGAUUUUCAAACUUUGUAGAGACUUGCCUAAUGAAAGAUUAUACACAGAGACCCAACACUGAACAAUUGCUAAAGCACACAUUCAUCAAAGACCAGCCGACAGAACGACAAGUCCGCAUCCAGCUUAAAGACCACAUUGACAGACACAAGAAGAACAAACGACUCGACGAUCAUGAUACAGAAUAUGAAUACGAGGGCAGUGACAAUGAGGAAGAGGAGGAAAACGCCAUGCCGGGGGAACCAAGUUCUAUACUACAGAUACCUGGAGAGUCAACACUAAAACGGAACUUCCAGCUCAUCCAACAGCGAGAAGGCCGCCAGCCCAAUGCACGACCCGCACCUCAACAACAAGCAAAGCAGCACAAGGAUCAUCGUCAUGGUCAACAUCAUCAAGGUCAUCCUAAUCAAGGUCACCACGGCCAUCCCCAGCAACAGAAUCGUGGUGCGCCCCACGGGGGACAGCAUCGUCCUCCAUCCUCACAUCAGGCAUGGCCCGUGUCCAGUCACUUCCAGGCCCAGCCAGUCCCUGUUGUACAGCAAAUGCCCAAACAAGUCCCCAAACAGUCCCAGUAUAUAGAAGAGGAGGAUGAGGAUGAUGAUGAAAAUGAUGAUGAUGAUAACGAAGUAGUCCAAGAUAACAGAUCCAGUUCAAAACAUCCCCAUAUUCCUGGCGACUCAAGGAAUCAAGGAGGUUUCAGAGGUCCUGUUCAGAAACCCGAGGUGACAUGGCAACAGUGUUUGGAUCUUGAUGCUCUGGCAGCCCAGCUGAACGAGUUAGGGGGCGCAGAGGAGAGGCGUGCCCAGAAGGUUAUCGUGGUAGACGAUGAAGACGAUGAAGAGGAAGAGGAGGAAGAUAACACUGUCAAUAGAGACGGCACGUUACUUGCCUCAGAGCCAGCAAGACCCAUGCCUACCGGUGGAUUUAACCAGGACACCCUAGAAACGUUACAGUCAAUGGUGAUACAUGAUGAUGUUCCUGACCCAAUAGUAGGAAACAGACAUGGAGGCCGGCAGACAGAGGUGAAAAGGGAGAGAGAUGAGGAUGAUGACAAUACUCUGAUGGUGAGACGGCAGUUCUAUGUGUUCAAUGAAUUAUUCAAUGAUAAUAACAAGUCAGACAAUGCUAUACAAGAUGGCGACAGACGAGACCGACGGGCCGAGCUUCAGAGGACCGGGUCUGGGAACAAAGUACCAGUGGGCAAAACACCCUCCAACUCCUCUGCUCCUGGUGCUCUCGGAGCCAUCCAGUCUCCACGACACAGUGCUAGUAGUGGGGUGUUACCCGAUCUACUCCCUCCCCACACGCCGCCACAGUCGCGAUCCCCACCCACGCCCCAGAGACCGCAGGACAAGACCACGUCUGACGAGGUACAACUCGCAAAUCCCUAUCGACAGGCAGUAAGUAGUGUGGUCACACCAUCAAUGCGACACCAGAGGUCGUUUUCAGCAUUUGGUUUUGGAGCUGAGGGAUCGACAAUCGGUUCCAUCUCCCAACAGUCACGGAGAGGCUCACAAAUCAACGUCAAUGUGACCCCCUCACAAACCACCACAGAGGCGAUCGGGGACACGCCAGAAAUCAGAAAAUAUAAGAAAAAAUUCAACUCUGACAUUUUGUGUGCAGCUUUAUGGGGGGUCAAUCUACUGAUCGGGACGGAGAGUGGUCUGAUGCUGCUGGACAGGAGUGGUCAGGGCAAAGUGUACACCCUGAUAUCUCGGCGCCGGUUCCAACAGAUGGAGGUGUUAGAAGGGCAGAACAUCCUGGUGACAAUCUCCGGAAAAAAGAACAAGAUUCGGGUGUUCUACCUGAAUUGGUUAAAAAACAAGAUCUUCAAGACAGAGGGUGUAAGUGUUAACGACAAGCGGAGUGGUUUUGUCAAUGUUGGAGACCUAGAAGGCUGUGUCCACUUCAAAAUAGUGAAAUAUGAGAAAAUAAAGUUCCUUGUAAUAGCCCUCCAGGAGAGCAUAGAGAUAUACGCCUGGGCACCAAAGCCCUACCACAAGUUUAUGGCGUUUAAGUCUUUCAGUGAUCUAGUCCACCGGCCCCUACUGGUAGAUCUGACUGUCGAGGAAGGUCAGAGGUUAAAGGUCCUUUAUGGGUCAAAUUCCGGGUUCCACGCCAUCGACGUCGAUACCACUUCCUCCUUCGAUCUAUACAUUCCUUCCCAUGUGAAAGGGCUAGCACGGACCCAGGGCCCCAUAACACCACACACGAUAGUGGUUCUACCCAAUACCAACGGCAUGCUCCUGCUUCUGUGCUACAACAAUGAAGGAGUUUAUGUAGACUCAAACGGCCGUGUCACGAAAAACGUAGUUCUGCAAUGGGGGGAACUCCCCACCUCUGUGGCGUAUAUCAGUACCGGACAGGUGAUGGGCUGGGGAAACAAGGCAAUAGAAAUCCGCGCGGCUGAGACGGGACACCUCGACGGAGUGUUUAUGCAUAAGAAAGCUCAGAAACUUAAAUUCUUGUGUGAGAGAAAUGACAAGGUGUUUUUCUCUUCUGUGCGGUCGGGGUCCUGCUGUCAAAUCUACUUUAUGACGUUAAGCAAGCCAGGUCUGGCUAACUGGUGACAACAUCACAGACAUUAUCUCAGGGUCCAUCCUUAAAUUCUCAUCUGCAGCUUUUAAAAAAAAAAAAAUAUCACAACUUUUUACACUGGUUCAGUAUUUUAUUUUGGGCAGAAAAUAUAUCUUUCCUAAUGCCACAGAAGCUGAAAACAAACCUGGUUGUCGUGGAAACUGCCUACUGUUUUAUAAAGAUGAGAUGAUGUUACCGUAGGAACCGUAUGGUGACUGGUUGUCAUGGAUAUUGAUGUGGUUGCCAUGGACACCUAUACUAUGGUUGAGUGAUUGAGGUUGUUUCAGAGAAAAUUGUGUAGAUGGUUGACAUGGAGACACUUCAAAAAAGCUAUUUUUCGUGAGAAUUGUAAAUAACCCCAUGUAAGUGUAGAUAUGUUGUACAGCUUUCAAUUUCGCUGUUGCCAUGGUGACUGACAAUAAGUAAAGGACAAUUAUGUCAUAUCAUGUUGUCAUGGUAACAGAAGUUGUACAAUGUGCUUUGUUAUGCUCCUCAAUAAUGUCAGUCUGGAUGAGCAGUGUGUACAUGGAGGAAUAUACAGUGUCCCAGGAGUGACUCGGAGGAGGCCAUACAGUGUCCCAGGAGUGACUCGGAGGAGGAAUAUACAGUGUCCCAUGAGUGACUCGGAGGAGGAAUAUACAGUGUCCCAGGAGUGACUCAGAGGAGGAAUAUACAGUGUCCCAGGAGUGACUCUGAGGAGGAAUAUACAGUGUCCCAGGAGUGACUCAUAGGAGGAAUAUACAGUGUCCCAGGAGAGACUCGAAGGAGGAAUAUACAGUGUCCCAGGAGUGACUCGGAGGAGGCCAUACAGUGUCCCAGGAGUGACUUGGAGGACAAAUAAAGACAAUAGUGAAAUGUGUUCACGGAGAAUCGAUGGAUGUUGGACCUGUGUCACUGUAUAAGAGACUGUUGUGAUGGUGACAGAUUCCCUAUUCAUUCACCACGUCACACAUAUAAUGACACUGUGUUGUACAGCCUGUCUGUUUCGGCCGUUAAUAUGAUGCUGUCUGUUUCGGCCGUUAAUACGCUGCCUGCAUUAAAUCUUUUAGUUCAAUAGCUGAGACAAUGAAGAUACAAUAGACAUGUAUCACAGAAACAAUGACAGAGUUUGAGCUACAUUUAUCAUGUAUCAACCGCCAAUGCAGAAAACUUGUAGGGUGAGCCCCGAUUGGUGGAUAAGCCCGUUAUCCUCACUGUUCAUUAAAAGUGAAAUAUCGGUUGUCGGAAGAUUUCUAGUGUAUUUUUGGUGUAGUGCAAGAAUUUAGUUGAAUAGGCAUUGUAAGCUUGGCAAUUUCUAACUAACAACUCAUAUGCCUAUUUUUCAAUAAUAUGAAGACCAUUGAUAUUUAGCUUGUGUUUAUGGGUUUUCCUGUCAUCUUGAAAAGAAAAGAACAAAUAUUCAGCUUACGACAGAUGUUCCCUUCUAUCCAAAGAAACAUUGACAAUCAAUUAACGAAGAAGAAAAUGAAAUUAACAUCUUCAUUGUUCAGGAUUAAUGUUAAAUCAUGAUAAGAAAAUAUUGCAAUUACUUUGGUCUAAUCAAUGAAAGAAAUUGUUUUUAACAAAUGAAUUCCGUUUUAUUCAGAAUGCCUGAAAACAAAUGAGGUUUUCUUAACAGAGAAAUUAAUAACCAAUUUUCCAUCUAGCCUAACAGCCGUCUUCAUCACACAGUAUGUGUGAACACUAUGGAAUCAGUAGAAAAAAUGUAGUAACAUUCUUCAUAAUUUCGUUGUUUCACGAAUGAAAAAUAUGUGUGAAAUAAUGAAAAGUUUUUUAAACGCAUCUAUCAAGUUAUUUUUUAGUUGUCUCCCUUCUAAAGUAAUCUUUUGUCGUGAUUUAUGCUGAGGUGGACUAACAACAAAUUCCUCGGUUGUAAUCAUGCUUCUCUGUCUUGGUAUUAUUUUACUGAUUAUAAUACUCAGUUGUAAAUACACACCGUGUGUGUGUAUGUUGUAAGCACUCUGCCAAGUUAACCCAGUGUCAUAUAUAUCCUACUGGCCUUGGUUGCCAGUGUUUGUGACAAAACCACCUAGUUUUAUCGACAUGUUUGUUUAUUAUUAUUUCUUAUGCAAUCAGCCAAACUGCUUAUAUCUGUUGUAGUUUUCCUCUUCCAUUGGUUCGUUGAAAACCUGUAGAUAGAAAAUAUUAUCAUUUAGCUCUUUUAACCAAACACUCCAUGUCCAAAGCACCAUGCUUACCUAUCUUUUGUCUAAAUACAGGGUUUGAAUGCUUGGAGUGGUAAAACCAUUGCUUAGUGACAAAGGGAGGUAAUCCUGGUCGUCAUGGAUACUGAAUGUGGGCAUUUAGAAAUAAAAUCUGACGUGAGAGGAAGUACUGUGUGCCAAAAAUGAUUUAUGUAUUGAAAUAUAAGCUUUUGUUUAUCUGUUUGAAGGUAUAGCACUUAACUUCAGUGUUUUUAUUGUGUGUGUAUUCAACGUAACAGUCUAAACUACGACCCCCUACUGCUGUAAGUAGCCGUCAACACUCUUAUCUCGUGAUAAAAGAUUAAAAUGAUAAUUCCCUCUACGACUGUUGAGUGUAAAGGUUUGAAAUAUUGGGUGUCUGAAAUAGGAAGAAUAUUAUAUGCAUGCUUGUCGGGUACCUGAAGUACACUUACACAUUUUGCUGUUUUUUCGUUUCGGCUCAAGUUCCUAACGUUGCUUGCUUGGUUGAUGUACAACAUUUAUUUGUAAAUGACGUUGUAUUUCGUGACAUUUCUAUGAUCUCAUGUUCAUUUUGUCAGUUUUGUAUUUAAUCUGAUGUUAUAGCCGUGAAUCAUUUCUAAUUCCUGAAUUUAUCCUUGUGUUGUGUAGGAUUUAUAUGUAGAAGAUAAGUGAAAAAUAUCUGUCAUUUAUGUUUGAAUUUUAUGUGAAUAUUUUAACAGAUUUGCAAGUUUUACGCCUUACUAUUUUAAUUUAAUAGUGCCAGGUAAGAUUUUUUUAAAUUAAUAAAAGUAUAAAAGAAAUCUAGAGGUGAAUUCGGAAAAUCCUGAUUAUUUUAUGAGCUAUUCUGUAGAAAACAUUUUGAAACCAAAUUAUAGACCAGGAUACAGUUUCUUGGUAAUUUAAAUACUCUAGUCUGAAUAAAUUAUUCUGCUUUCUAUGAUAAAUGUUAUUCAUUUUUAAUGCGAUUGUUGAGUGAAUAAAUUGAAUUUUUAUAGUCAGGUGUAAAAUUAUUUUUAUGAUUUGAAAAUACUCAUUUGUAAGAUAUAACAGCACGAUAAGGAAAAUUGGAAGGUCUUUUAAAUCCCACCGCGUGUUUGCGACUUGUAAACAUUAGAUUCAUCCCCAUGGAAACCCACAGAAUACCGGCAGAUUCUGUUACUAUAAACACAAAUCUUUGUCCCGGAGAUUAUAGUUGUAAUAAGUUUUGUAUUUUUGUAGUCAGAUGAAGUUCUUGUAGUGUUUUCACUGGGUUAAUCAUGUGAAAUGUUCCUGCAAAUUGUCUUCAUGACAAACUGCUAGAUUGGCAAGUGUUAUCAUGUUGGGGUAAUAGAGUGUAAUAAAAACGAUUAUUUAUUC